AUCACUUCGGCCUCAUUCUAGGGUUGUCCUCUCCUGGAUCUCAGCCGAGGAUCAUUUGCUCGCGAGAGUUCCUCCGUCUAGCUGCUCACAAGGCUGCUGCAGGAAACUAAGGUAAGAAAAUUGCCGAAACUUAGCUCGACCACGCUCCCUGAGGCCCCGCCCCUCCUCUCUGGCCUUCCUCUUGGCACCCCUCCCCAGCGUCGCACGUGCAGUUGUUGUGCUUCUACGUCACGUGUUCCCGGAAGUGCAAGACAGGCCCGCCUCAAAGAUGGCGACGCCCAGCGCACGAGGACGCUGUCCGUCUCUGGUUUGACUUGGGUGGUAGUCUUGACGAGGUCCGCGGUACCAUGGAUCGGCCAGGAUUCAUGGCCUCGCUGGUGGCUGGUGGGAUAGCAGGUGUUUCUGUUGACUUGAUAUUAUUUCCUCUGGAUACCAUUAAAACCAGGCUGCAGAGUCCUCAAGGAUUUCACAAGGCUGGUGGUUUUCAUGGAAUAUAUGCUGGUGUUCCUUCUGCUGCUAUUGGAUCCUUCCCUAAUGCUGCUGCAUUUUUUAUCACCUAUGAAUAUGUGAAGUGGUUUUUGCAUACUGAUUCAUCUUCAUAUUUGACACCUAUGAAACAUAUGUUGGCUGCCUCUGCUGGAGAAGUGGUUGCCUGCCUGAUUCGAGUUCCGUCUGAAGUGGUUAAACAGAGGGCACAGGUAUCUGCUUCUACAAGAACAUUUCAGAUUUUCUCUAACAUCUUAUAUGAAGAGGGUAUCCAAGGGUUGUAUCGAGGCUAUAAAAGCACAGUUUUAAGAGAGCUGGGCUGCCUGUGGAAUGACAGUAAUGGGCCCAUGGCACGUGCGUGCUGUUGGACAUCACCGCCACCAGCACCCACUCCCCGGGCUGUGCCUGGACGUUACUUCAGCUGCUGGGUGGAGUCCACUGAUUCCUUUUUCUUUGGUCCAGUUUCCCUUAUGGGAGUCCUUAAAAUGAUAAUGAAAACUUUGGGCAAUGAUAUGAAUUGUGUGGGUGUUUGUCAGCAUUUUAAAGACCAUAAUAAAGAAGAUAGUAGAGGGCAUCUUACAUGGUAAGAGUCUUAUUUUGUAAGACCUCAAUGUUAUGUGAGUAUGUGCGCACACACAUAAAUAUCUGUACUAGGUUGCAAUGUAAAAUGUAUUUCUUGUUGUGGAUAAUGGUCCAAAAACUUUGAACGCCCUUUUUCAAGUGAAAAUGGUUCAUAAAUGACCAGGCUGUAAAAUAUCUAGGUAGGCAUUAGCUAAUACAAAAAUAAAGGAAUUACUCUCAUAAUUUUAUAGAUUUACUAGGUAUGGAGUGCUCAUACAAAAUGUCUUUCGGAGAAUAUCAUAAAAAUGAUUUAGACCUGGAAAUAAAUUCUGUCCAGAUUAUAUACUAAAGGAUACUAAAUUAAGAAAAAAACAUUACUCUUUAACAGAGUAAAUUAUGGGAUAAUAAGUAGCAAGAAGUAUUUCUUAAAAGUGAUCUGAUUUUAAGGAGGAGUAGUGCUCAUUUAGUACAGGUUUUUGGGUAUCCCGUUUUGUUUGUUUUGCCGUUUCCUAUGCGGUGUGUGGUGAAAAUAGAGUUCUCGGACAGCAUUUCAGGGUAUGAUGUAACAGCUAUCCAAUGAGAAGGUCACAUUCCAUUAACAUAACAGCUCUCCUUUUCAGUGUGUGACAAAAGAACAAUGAAGCCAACAGCUGUCCAGCAAACAAGACUGACUUUAUUAGUGUCUCAAUAACCAGCAUUCACAUAGCUUCUGCACACUCUAACAUCCUUUUGCCCUGCAAAGGAAUGUUUUGAGGCCUAAAGAAGGAAAAAGCAUAGUGUUUGUUUCUUUUCAACAUUAAGGACAUUUGUAAAAUUCUGGCUGGUUAAGAAAUGUCCAGAAUUUUUCAGAGUAAUCAUAGAUGACAAUGCUAUGAUUGAAAAAUUCUCUUUGAGCAAAUGUUAAGAUGCUGCAAUGUUUUUUUUUUUUUUCUGUCAAGUCAGGUUUCUUGAGGAAUACAUAACAUGAUAAAAUUCACCCUUUAUACAUGCACAUUUUUAUGAGUUUCGAUAAAUGUUUAAAACCACCACCAUAACCAAAACAGAGAAUUUCCAUCAACCCAGAAAGUUCCCUCAUGCCAUGUUGUAGUCAUACCCUUCCUGCACCCACAGCCUCUGUGACCCACUUCUGUAGUCUUCUCUUUUCCAGAAUAUCAUAGAAAUAGGUACAGAGUACUAUUAUAUCAUCUUGUGCCUUGCUUCUUUUACUUAAUGUAAUAUUUUGGAGAUUCAUUCAUACUGUUGCUUAUACCAGCAGUUGUUUUCUUCUGUUGCUUUGUAGUAUUCCAUAUGUGUAUGGAUAUGCUACAGUUUACUUAUGUACUAGUUUAUACACUUUUGAGUUGUUUUCCAGUUUUUGAUAAUUAUAAAUAAAGCUGCUAUAAAUACUUGCAUAUAGUAUUGGUAUGGAUAUAGGUUUUUAUUUCUCUAGGUAAGAGGCCAAGAGUAGCAUUCCUGGGCCAUAAAGAAGGUAUAUGCUUAAUUUUAUAAGAAAUUGAACUGUCAAGGUGUUUUCCUAAGUGUUUGUACCAUUUUGCAUUCCCACCAACGGUAUAUGAGAGUUCUAGUUGCUCUACAUCCAUGUCAUUUCUUGUCACUAUCAGAUUAAAUUUUUUUUCAGCCAUUCUAGUACGUGUGAACUGGUAUCUCAUUGGGGUUUUAAUUUGCAGUUCCCUGGUGACUAAAUAACAUAGAGCCUCUUUUCAUAUAAUAGUUUUUAAACAUCUGAAUGUACAAUCACAAUGCUUUUGUAGAAGUAGACAGUUUUUGGAACUUUAGAAAUUUUUAUGUUUACAAUUUUAUCAAUUUAAACUUACUUUUCCAGUCAUGGAGAGUAUAUGAGAAGAUAUCUCCACUGUGUUUAUGUAUAUAUGGAAAUAUUACUAUUUAGGAAAUUUUUUCUCAGCCAAGACCAGCACAUUGCAUACACACAGCACUGCAGGGAGUGAGGGGCUGGAGGUGGUGGCAGCUACGAUUGCCUUAAACUCAACUCUGUCUAAAAUCAAAGUCAUCAUCUUUCUUCUAAAAUCAUGUCUUCCUGCUGUCUCCCAUUUCUAUUAAUCAGUAUUCUGCUGGCCACCUGGUCUCAAGUCUCAGAUUAAAAUUUGAUUCCCUUGUUUCUCUUUCUCCAUGUCACAUUACUCACCAAGUUCAGUUGACUUGACUGUUGGGAUUCUGUGGCCACAUUUUACCUGGUUCUUAGUACCUUAUCCUUGCCCACAUCCUAGUAGGUUCUCUUCUUUCUUAUCCAUUCUACAUUUUGAAUGUAUGUGAUCUUCCUUAAACUUCUCUUUCAGUAACACUCAGGUUCUCAGGAACAUGAAGUUGUUAGCACUCAAGGUUCUCCACACCGUGUCCUUGACUGUUUUUUUCAGUCUCUACCUUGUACUUUGUGUAUGUGUGUGUGUGCGCGCGUGCAUGCAUGCAUGCGUGCGUGCACAGAAUGCUUCCCCUCCAGCCAGAAUAGCCUCCUUACUGCCUCUAAAUAUGUUCCCCCUUCCCUGUUAUCUGACUCCUUUCUGAAACACGUUUCUAACACGUUUCCAAAAGUGAUGCAUCAUUCAAAGCUCAGUUCAGUGUUUGAGCUCCUGCUUGAAGUCUUCUGAUCGAGGCCUCAGAGAUUUGCCCUUAUUUACUGCAGAUUUGUCUGUCACUGACUCGUAUUUAAUCACACGCUCUUUUGUGUUUAAAACAUCUUACAGUGUUCAGAUAAGGCCUUAACCCCUUCCAUUUACUAAUAAAUGACACCUGCUGUCAUGGAGCCUCUGCUGCCUGUCCACUCUGUCUGGACAUUGUUACAUUUCACAAGAAUGCAAAGAUGAAUAAGAAAUGGCUUAAUGCCCUUGAGCUGAGAGUCCGUCAGAGCGGCACACAACUCACUGAUAACUUAAAUGUAGUGUGUCUCUAAUUGCAGAAUACUCAAUUGUCACUACACUACAUCAUUGCCUUUGUUUUUCUUUUUUUAUAAUGCAGAUGCUUACCAAAACAUAUUUUAGAUGAAAAAGGACAAGACACCAGAAAGAGAUGGGGAAGCAAAAACGGUAGAUUAUCAUGUCCAAAGCGUUAGCGAAGAUAAUUUUCCUUGAAGAUUUGUAUUUACUUUAGAACUUUAUGACAGACAAA